AUGGCCAGAUCUUUAAGAGGCGAAGUGUUGAAUCUGUACAAGAACCUGCUGUACCUCGGAAGGGAGUACCCCAAAGGAGCAGACUACUUCAGAAGCCGCCUGAAAGCAGCUUUUCUAAAAAACAAAGAUGUGAAGGAUCCUGAAAAAAUUAAGCAAUUAAUUGCACGAGGAGAAUUUGUUAUGAAAGAGUUGGAGGCUUUGUACUUUCUCAGAAAAUACAGAGCUCUGAAGCAGCGCUACUACAGUGACGAGGAUUAG